AUGAGCAGCACGCCAAUCACCACCGUAACCGUCGCAGGAGGCACCGGAGGCUUGGGUUUCCAUAUAGUUGAUGCCUUGUUGAGCGAUGGAUCUUUUAAAGUGAAAGUUCUUCGAAGACUGCCGAAAACCGCAAACGAGAAAGCCGAAUUAUUGGCCUCCAAGGGUGCAGAAAUUAUCUACGCCGAUUAUAAUCAGCAUGAUGAUCUUGUCAAAGCUCUUAGCGGAACCGAUGCUCUAAUCAGUGCUGCAUCUCCCGCAGUAGCCAAACAUGAGAGUGAUUUUGACGCUCUUCAAAUGCCAUUGUUGAAUGCUGCUAAGGCUGCCGGCGUGAGAAGGUUUAUUCCAUCUGAAUGGGGUGUAGAGACUAAGCCUGGUGAUCAUCCGUUAACCGAUACCAAAGCCGCAUUCCGUGAGAAGGUUGAACAAAGUGGGCUUGAGUACACCCGUAUUGCGUGUGGACUCUUUGCAGAAUAUCUUGGCUGGUGUGGGUUUGAUGUCAAAAAUAAGACUGCCAAAUUCUAUGUGGAUCCCGAUACCACAGUGGCUGUUACAUGUAUGUCAGAUAUCGGCAAAUAUGCUGCUGAAUCUCUUAAAUUGGAAGCAUGUCGUAAUGCAAGUAUUAAGGUUGCCGGUUCGAGAUACUCACUAAAGGAGAUACUUAAACUGUUUGAAGAAGCUACUGGCUCGAAAUGGAAAUUUACCGUAGAUGAAGGAGUCAGGCACAGAUACGCGAAUCAGAUUGAUCCGAUCCCUUCACCAAUUGAGGUGUUUAUUGCCACUCUUUCAGCAAGUGCAUCGUUUGAAAAUAUUGAUAAUGACAAGUUUAGUUUCAGCCCUCGUCCUCUCGUUGAUGAUAUCGCCGUACUUGUCCAACAGGCGUCUGUUUGA